AUCGCUCAGAAUGCCUCAUCUCCUGUCUAUGGCGGCUGCGGCUGCGGCCUUGCCCUCCGCUUUGGCUGCCACUCUGGACAUGCCCGUCCAUUUCUUCAACUCUUAUGCGAAUGUGGAGGUCGAGAUCGGCACCCCCGCCCAAUCCUACAUGCUCCAUUUUGAUACAGGAUCGUCGACCGCAUGGGUGAACGACAAGAGCUGCGGCGAUGCUUGUCUCAACACCUCCGGAUUCGACCGCACAUACUACGAUGUCACUGCCUCUUCCACCGGUGUCUCUCGGGGCGCAAGAGCCAGCAUGGACUACUUUGGCGGCGUGACCGGAGGCCCAACAUUCGAGGACAAGUUCAGCGUUCCUGUCGGCGACAAGGCUUUUACCUGGAGACAAUCCUUCCUGUCCGCUGAUCAGAGCUCCUGGAACAACCUGGGCGCGGACGGAUUCAUGGGCCUGGCCUUCAACUCCAUCUCCGACGGAAACACCACCACUGUCGUUGAGACCCUCAUGCAGCAGGGCCAACUGGACGAGCCCCGUUUCGGUAUCUACUACGGCACCGAGUUCAACCAGACCGGCUCCAACCCCGACGGUGUGCUUACCAUUGGUGGCUCGCGCGAAGACAAGUACGUCGACGGCGAGAUCACGUACGUCCCUCUGCGGUUCGAAACCCACGAGGUGUGGCGCACAGUGCUGAGCUCCAUCACCGGAACGACCGAGAAUGGCGGAAAGAAGAAGUCUGCCAGCAACAGCCUGGGAUUCCUUGGAAACGCGGUCUUCGAUACCGGUGCUGGUUCGAUCUCUGUGCCCAACAGCAUUGUCGAUGAGAUCUACGAGUCCUUCGGCUGGGACUAUGAGGCCAUUCUCCACGGCAAGCACAUUCCGCUCUGCUCGGAGUUCAACUCUACCUGGUCUGUCACGUUCAACUUCGGUGAUGGCAACCUCGACCCCAACUUGACCAUGACCGGUGAUCAGUUCGCGCGCCCUGGAUUCGCUUACAGAGAUGAUGCCUGCUACCCUCCGUUCGAGGGCAGUGAUAACGAGGGCAUGGCGCUUAUUGGAACUCCUCUGAUGCAGCAGUUCUAUACUAUCUUUGACUUUGGUGGAAAGACUGCUGAUGACUUCCACCCCCGGAUUGGAUUCGGUCAGUUGAAGAAGGAGGUUAAGCCUUAAGCGAGUUGGUUUAUGCCGGUUUACUCCAUUACACAUAAUUACUCGAUGUAUUUCCAGACCUCUAACAUAGACUUUGGGUUUUUAGAUAAAGAGACUGUGU